GGAGCCCGACCUGGCCGCCGCCCAGAUCCGAUCCACCUCCCGUUGCUGCGGCCGCGCCGCAAUAAUCCAACUGACAUCCCCCCCGUUCACCCAAAGUCACCCCCAGGUAAAUCGCAACAGCGCCGCCCAAAUUUCAAAUCUUUCUCCCCUGUCCCCUCUCCCCUCUCUAGGGUUUCCCCUACCGUCUAUAUGUCGAAUCUCUAGCCUCUCGAUCCCUCCCGCAUGCCCCCCUCCUUCUUCCCGACCUGCUCCUCCCUCAAAGUGGAAAUGGAGGAGAUGAGCAAGGAGUUGGACGAGCUGAGGUCCGAGGUGGAGGCCCGCACCGCCGAGUGCCGCGCCAAGUCAGCCCUCGUCGACGGGCUGAGGCGGGAGAGCGCCGAGCAGGCCGCGCGGCUCCGGGAGGCCAGGGCGGAGAUCGAGAGGCAGGCGGGGGAGAUCGCCGCCAAGGACGAGGAGGCCUCCUCCGCCAGGGAGCUGUGCGAGCAGCUCAGGGCCAAGUUCGCGGACAAGGAGCAGGCCCUCAGGCACCUCUGCGCGGCCCACGACGGCCUCAAGGCCAGCCUCAGGGAGAGGACGGAGUGCUGGGAUACCGAGAAGAGGGAUCUCGUUGCGGCCCUGGAGGAGUCUGAGGUGAAGCGGCAGGAGCAGGAUGUGGCCGUGCGCUCCUGUAACGAGGAGAUUGCGCGGCUCAGAAAGCUCUUGUCAGAGAAGGAGAAGAAGUGCUCGGAAGCUGACCAGAGGGCAUUGGCACAUAGGGAGGUCAUGGUGAGGGACGACACAUUGGCCAAGCUGGAGGAGGAGAAAGCUUCCAUCCAGAUCAAAUUCAAGUGGAAGACCGAGCAGUUUCGGCACCUUGAGGACGCCCUCAAGAAGGUCCAGGAUGAGUUCAGUGCUGCUAAGAGGGAGUGGGGCUCUGAUCGAUCUGCCUUGGUUGAUCAGAUUGACACUCUUGAGACCAAUUUGGAUUCCAAGACCAGGGUGGCCGAUGAAUUCAGGUCGAGGCUCGAGAUGUGCAGCCAGGCGUUAGCCCAUGAGGAGGGCCGCAGGAAGCUGCUCGAAGCAGAGAUGUCUGAUUUGAGGCACAUGUACGGCAAUGUGGUUUCGGAGUAUGAAGAGGCCAGGUCAACAAUUGAGUUGCUAACCUCGAAGAGGGAUGGUGAGAUUGCAUCUUUGAGGAGCUCACUGGCUGAGAAAGUCACAUUGCUAAAUGAAAUGGAGUACUGUAAGGCACGUCUUGAUCAAGAAAAUGAGGAAUUGCGGUCUUCACUGAAGGAGUACCAAGAGUGUCAGAUUAGUGGUGCAGAUGCUGUAGUAUCCUUGAAGGGUCUGUGGGAGAAAUUCCGAGCUCUGGAGCAAACACAUAGAAGCUGUACUGAGAAGCUGAGGGAUAAAGAAGCAGAAUGGAAAAUGCAGAUGGGCAAGCUUGGGAAUGACCUGGAUGGAUUCUUGUCGCAGCUGGAUUCCAAAGAUAUGCUGAUCAGGCAAUUGCAGAAUGAGUUGAUGAGCAGUUACAGUUUGCUGGAUCUGCAGAUUGUAGAGAACUGGGAAGCUUCCAUAGUUCGUCUCUCUUUAGAAUCAAAAUUGUAUGAUUGCUGGUCGUGUAUUGAUACUUUAGAACUGAAUAUGCAGCAGCGUUGUGAAAAGUUUGAGCAGAGUGUUGCUGUCGCCAGAAAACAAUUAGAGGAAAAGAACUUUGUCAUUUCUCAAUCACAGGCUGAACAGGCACACCAACUGGAGGUAAUCGCGACAUUGCGUGGAAGAAUUGAGCAGCUAGAAUAUUUGGAGCGUGAACAUGAAAAGAUGCAAAAGCAGCUUGGAGCAUACAAAGAAAUGCUUGAUGAUGCAUCAAGAAAUGUUCACUGCUUAAAAGGUGACACUUUAGAGAAGGAAAAUAGCUUGCAGGAGAAAUUGGGGAAAGCAUUAAGUGAUCUCGAUAAAGCACACCAUGAUCUUGCUGAGCAGAAAAACCAACUGAGCCAAUUCGAAAUCAAUCUCCAUCAGCAAAAGCAACUAGUGGACCAUUUGGAAAAGCUAAAGCUUGAUUUGGAGACUGAACUUCAGGGCUAUAAGGAUGACAACCAUGUACUGAAGAGAGAUCUGGAUGUUGCUCUUAACGGCAAAACUGAUUCCGAGGUAUCUCUUAUAGACGAAAAGGAGAAGUUAUUAGGUGCUCUCAGUGAAGCAAAGUGUGCCCUUUCCGAGAGGAAGAGCGAGCUAAGCGAGAAUGAAAUCAUUCUUCAUCAACAAAAGCAAGCAGUAGAGAACUUGGAAAAGCUUAGAAUUGAUAUGGAAAUUGAUCUCAAGGGCUACGUGGAUGAAAACCAUAUACUGAAGAGGGAUCUUGAUGUUGCCCUUAUUGCCAAAAUGGAAGCCCAGGAGUUCCACAGAGAAGAAAAACAGAAGUUGUUGUUGACUGUUGAUGAAGCCAAUGGUGCCAUCUCUGAGAUGAAGAAAGAGGUGGACCAACUCAAGGCCAAUAUUCAUCAGCAAAAGCAAGCAGUAGAGCAUUUGGAAAAACUGAAAGUUGACAUGCAAACUGAACUCAAGGACUACAAGGAUGAAAAUCAUGCACUAAAGAGCAAUCUUGAUGUUUUACUUAUGACCAAAGUCGAAGAUGAGGACACCCUUAGAGAAGAAAGGGAUAAGUUAUCAAGCAUAAUUGAUGAGAGAGAUAGGAAUAUUGAUGACCUUCAGCAAUACAUCAAUGUGCUGGAAGAAGAUAAUUUGGGUAAAAAACUUGAUGUAGCCAGUCUUAUUAAGUUAGAGGUUGAGAAAUCCAUUCGAGAAGUGAACAACAGGUACUCUGAAAUUGUCGAAGUCUUUGACAAAAAGCUCCUGGAGCUUGAAACAAGGCUUGGUUUCUUUGAGCAGAAAUACACAUGCAGAGAGCACGAAAUCAUGGAAAUAUUUGAUCAAGAGGAAGCAGAUUGGUAUACACUAAUAGCAGAGAAGGAAAAUGCUAUUGCUGACAUUCAAUUAAUUGUUGAAUCUGUUCAACUUAACAUAAAGCAUCUUCUUGAGGCCGCUGCAUCCAAGCUCACAGAAGUUCAGCUUGACGUCAAGCAACUAUAUGGUUUUGCAGAAAAUCUGAAUUCAUUAAAUCUCAUCCAAGAGCAUGAUAAUUUUUUUAAAGACAUGCUCAUUGCAGAAUGCGAAAGAGAGCUCGAAGGCAUGCAAUUGAAAUUAGUUGAAGAGAAAGAACAGUCAGGAAAUUUGAAACAUGUCCUUGAUAAAGUAAAAGCUGAGACAACUGCAGAAAUGCUAAAGAAGGCAAAGGAGCAUCUGGAAGUAGUAAAUAAGCUGAAAUGUUUGGAGGAAACAAAAGAAAUGUUGGAAGAACAUUUGGGAGAGUUGAAAUCUAGAACAAAGGAUAUGUGUAAUGUUGCUGUACAAGAAAAGAAAGGGUUGGUUGAUGAGCUGAAUGGUAUCACCUUUUCCAUUGAAGCUGCAAACCAUGGAGAUGAAAACCUGAUGAUAAGCUUGAGAAGGAUCAUGCAGAAAGUUAACAUUGAAGAACCUCUCUUGAAUGCUAGCAGUAAAGGUAUGCCUAGCUUAGAGAAACCAAACACAAGAAAUCAUGUGCCCUUGACCAGGAACAAAUCUGUAACUCUCCCAGAUAGAAGAUUGCCACUAAAAGAGAACAACUAUUAGUCUUGGUAGGUGAAGUCAGAUUGUGCACUGACUUUGUUGUAAUCUCUGUACCCUCUUUUUGGGGGAAAGUUGUAAUCUCUGUAUCCAGUUUCUCUAAAAUCCCACAGGCUUCAUAUGCUUCCUGCGGAUACUUGCUGCCAUUUGUGUUAUUUUCUUUAUACGGAAUGGCUACGUUUAUACAACAUUUCUUUUCUUCAA